AAUGUCACGAGUUGUUGAUAUAAUGUAAAACACGCAUGCGCAUCAUCAACUGAAAAAAAUGGGACAACAACAAUCUGGUGGAAGUGGUGGUGGUGGAGAGAAGAAAGAUGAUAAAGAAAAGAAAAAGAAGUAUGAACCACCAAUUCCAACAAGAGUUGGGAAGAAAAAGAAAAAGAUUAAAGGACCAGAUGCUGCAAGCAAACUCCCAAUGGUCACACCAUAUACAAGAUGUAGGUUAAAACUACUGAAGCUAGAGAGGAUCAAAGACUAUCUACUAAUGGAGGAAGAAUUUAUCCGAAACCAGGAAAGACUAAAGCCACAAGAAGAAAAACAUGAGGAAGAGAGAAGUAAAGUUGAUGAGUUAAGAGGCUCCCCAAUGUCUGUAGGUACACUGGAGGAAAUAAUUGAUGAUAACCAUGCUAUUGUAUCUACAUCUGUUGGCAGUGAACAUUACGUCUCCAUAUUGUCCUUUGUUGAUAAAGAUCAACUAGAGCCAGGCUGCUCUGUACUUCUCAACCAUAAGGUGCAUGCAGUUGUUGGAGUGCUAGGAGAUGAUACAGAUCCCAUGGUAACUGUGAUGAAAUUAGAAAAGGCUCCACAAGAAACAUAUGCUGAUAUAGGUGGUCUUGAUACGCAGAUUCAAGAAAUUAAGGAAUCUGUAGAAUUGCCAUUAACUCAUCCAGAAUAUUAUGAAGAAAUGGGUAUCAAACCUCCAAAGGGUGUUAUUUUAUAUGGAGCACCUGGAACAGGUAAAACAUUACUUGCAAAGGCUGUUGCUAAUCAAACAUCUGCAACUUUCCUUAGAGUAGUUGGCUCAGAGCUUAUACAAAAAUAUUUGGUAAGUGAUGAUGUUACUUGUAUUUUAGGUCAUUGCCCUUUACAUUGUCUUCUCUUAUUGAAAUCCUUCAAGAGUUUUAAACAGAAAAUUGCAGACUUAGUCUGUUUAUGAAAGAUAUUGAAAGUU